GUUGGGGUUUAAGGUGGCGGAUAUGCAAUAGAGAACUGGUGCAGACUGGUUGACUCUGCCUCUGUGCGCGCGGCACUGAAUGUACCAUAAUAAUGAGAUGAGCGGGGACCCUUUACAUGUGCAUAAAGCCCUCUCGGGUAAAUGAUUAGUAAGUCGUCCUUUUGUACCGACACUUUUUCCGCUUUAACACAACAGUGUCUUCAUACUCUCACGGUUUUCUGCCUGAGAGGCGUUAAUCUGCACAGAAACGCGAAGACAUGACAAGACACUGGAUUGCGUUCAUAGGCAAUAUUCCAGUCCGUUCCUGUAAAUCGCGUUCUGCUCGCAGUUUACGCGUUACUGGGAAGCAAACCAUUGUCGUUUACAUGUCGUGACCCGGUAUAGAAACACAAAUGGCGUGAAUGCGCUCAAAAGGACGUCUCCCACGCGAGGGGACCGCAUAUAUGACUACAACAGUGUCCCUAUUACCACAAGGACAAGUGGAUCCAAUGUGUUUUAGAUUCAGGAAUUGAAGUGCUGCAUGGAUGACGUUUGAUGACGUUUAUAUGAGACAGUAAGAAUGUUUACCCUCACAGAAGUUGCCUCUCUAAAUGACAUCCAGCCAACUUAUCGAAUACUUAAACCAUGGUGGGACGUCUUUAUGGAUUACCUGGGUGUGGUCAUGCUAAUGCUGGCCAUAUUUGCCGGGACCAUGCAGUUAACCAAAGAUCAGGUGGUUUGCCUUCCUGUUCUGGAAUCGUACCAAACCCCUGUAGCCACCGAAAGGCCACCAGAGAAAACAGGAGAAGACCAUGUGACAUUGACAGCUGCACCUUUAACAAGCAAAGAACAAACCGACAGCAUUGUCCAACACUUCCCACAGUUGUCUUCUGACAAGCAACCUCAGCCUAGGGGUUUACGUACAAAUCUGGAUUUUCAGCAGUAUGUCUUUGUUAAUCAGAUGUGCUACCAUGUUGCCCUCCCGUGGUAUUCAAAAUACUUUCCAUAUCUAGCUCUCAUUCACACUAUUGUUCUCAUGGUAAGCAGUAACUUUUGGUUCAAGUAUCCAAAGACCAGUUCCAAAAUUGAGCAUUUUGUGUCUAUUUUGGGGAAGUGUUUUGAGUCCCCUUGGACGACCAAGGCAUUGUCUGAGACAGCCUGUGAAGACUCCGAAGAGAAUAAGCAGAGAUUAACUGGAGCCUCAAUGUUACCAAAGCACCUUUCAACUAGCAGUGAGGAGGGAAGUCCAAAUCAGUCCACACCCAUGCUCACAAAAUCUAGCAUUAAGUUUUCUGCAGAGAAGCCAGUCAUUGAGGUUCCAAGUAUGACUAUACUUGAUAAGAAAGAUGGAGAGCAAGCUAAAGCACUUUUUGAGAAAGUGAGGAAGUUCCGCACACAUGUCGAAGACAGCGACAUGAUCUACAAACUCUAUGUAGCUCAAACUAUAAUAAAAACUGUCAAAUUCAUUCUGAUUCUAUGCUACACCAUGACCUUUGUCACAUCCAUUAAAUUCGAUCAUGAUUGUGAGCCUGAAAUUAAGCACUUAACUGGAUACGCAAAAUUUAAAUGCACCCAUAACAUGGCUUUCAUGUUGAAAAAACUCCUUGUUAGCUACAUUGUUCUCAUUUUUGUUUAUGGCUUGGUUUGCAUUUACACUCUCUUUUGGCUAUUUAGACGGCCUCUUAAAGAGUACUCUUUUGAGAAAGUUCGAGAAGAAAGCAGUUUUAGUGAUAUCCCAGAUGUGAAGAAUGACUUUGCUUUCCUCCUACACAUGGUGGACCAGUAUGACCAAUUGUACUCGAAACGUUUCGGUGUCUUUCUCUCAGAGGUAAGUGAGAACAAACUGCGGGAAAUCAGCUUAAACCACGAGUGGACCUUUGAGAAACUACGCCAACAUGUGACUCGCAAUGUGCAGGACAAGCUUGAGCUGCAUCUUUUUAUGCUCUCGGGUGUUCCUGAUGCGGUCUUUGACCUCACAGAUGUAGAGGUCCUGAAACUAGAACUCAUCCCAGAGGCACGUAUCACAGCGAAAAUCUCCCAGAUGAUAAACCUCCACGAGUUGCACUUUUACCACUGCCCCGCCAAAGUCGAACAGACUGCAUUCAGUUUCCUCCGCGAUCACCUCCGGUGCCUUCAUGUCAAGUUUACGGACGUAGGAGAGAUUCCCACUUGGGUUUACAUGCUGAAGAACUUGAGAGAGCUCUACUUGGUGGGAAACUUGAACUCAGAGAAUAACAAAAUGAUAGGAUUAGAGUCCCUCAGGGACUUGAGGCAUCUAAAGAUCCUACAUCUGAAGAGCAACCUUACCAAGAUCCCGACUAACAUUACUGACUUAUCACCCCACCUGAUCAAACUUGUGGUUCACAAUGAUGGUACUAAACUCUUCAUGUUGAACAGCUUGAAAAAGAUGAUGAAUCUGGCUGAACUGGAGCUGCAAAAUUGUGAAUUGGAGCGGAUACCACAUGCAAUUUUUAGUUUGACCAACCUGCAGGAGUUGGACUUGAAAUCGAACAAUAUCCAUACCAUUGAAGAGGUCAUCAGCUUCCAACACCUCAAACGGCUUAACUGCCUCAAACUGUGGCACAAUAAAAUCAUUUCCAUUCCAUUGUCCAUAAGUCACGUAAAAAACCUAGAGUUCCUCUAUCUGUCACAUAACAAACUAGAGACCUUGCCUACCACUCUGUUCAAUCUUCUUAAACUAAGAUACCUGGAUGUUAGUCACAACUCCAUCGUAGUGAUUCCUCCAGAGGUGGGGUUUCUCCAGAAUCUACAGCAUUUUGCCAUCACAGGAAACAAGGUGGAAGUUGUACCCAAGCAGCUGUUCAAAUGCACAAAGUUGCGUAGCCUAUCCCUUGGGCACAAUUGCAUCUCAACGCUGCCAGAGAAAAUCGGGCAGUCGCAGCAGCUGACUCAUCUUGAGCUGAAGGGGAACUGCCUGGAUCGCCUGCCCGCACAGCUUGGCCUGUGCCGACUCUUGCGCCGAAAUGGUCUCAUUGUGGAAGACCACCUUUUUGAUACACUGCCCCUAGAGGUCAAAGAGAGCAUAAGUCAGGAAACCAGUGCUAAUUUUGCUAACGGAGUGUGAGUGUGGAUCAGAAAAAACCUGGCAAGAUGGUUUUCUGAGUGAACGGAAUCAGACUGUGCAAAAGGCAGUGUUCAGUACUUAUGUUUGUUUUUCUUUUAUAAAAAAAAAAAAAAAAACACCUUUGUUGUUUUAUCCAGGAGUGUGAUUGGCAUGAAUGGAUGUUCUAUGUCUAAGGAAUGAGUCCAGUAUCAAAACUUUCUUCACAUAAACAUUAAAUGUCAUU